GUGUGUCGCAUCCCAGAAUCCUUGGAGGAGGAGUGCGUUCUCGCGGUGUGCUCGUAGUUUAGUGUGGAACAUUUACGCAACUUGGUCGUGUUCUUUGCAGGGAAGCGUGCGCGUUUGUGCUUGGCCAGCCGCGGCCUCGCGCCGCAAACCUGGUCUUUUUCUAUUGGGGAAAGAGCUCAAGGCGGGCUGCGCAGCGCUCCUACCCUGCUUAACCAUGUUGGUGCUGUUUGAAACGUCCGUGGGCUACGCCAUCUUUAAGGUUUUGAAUGAGAAGAAACUUCAAGAGGUUGAUAGUUUGUGGAAAGAAUUUGAAACUCCAGAAAAAGCAAAUAAAAUAGUUAAGCUAAAACAUUUUGAGAAAUUUCAGGAUACAGCAGAAGCAUUGGCAGCAUUCACAGCCCUGAUGGAGGGCAAAAUCAACAAGCAACUGAAGAAAGUUCUGAAGAAAAUAGUUAAAGAAGCCCAUGAACCCUUGGCUGUAGCUGAUGCCAAACUAGGAGGGGUCAUAAAGGAAAAGCUGAAUCUCAGUUGCAUCCAUAGUCCUGUUGUCAAUGAACUCAUGAGAGGAAUUCGUUCACAGAUGGAUGGAUUAAUCCCUGGGGUAGAACCACGUGAAAUGACAGCUAUGUGUCUUGGAUUGGCCCACAGCUUGUCCCGUUACAGAUUGAAAUUUAGUGCUGACAAAGUGGACACAAUGAUUGUCCAGGCAAUUUCCUUGUUGGAUGACUUAGAUAAAGAACUAAACAACUACAUUAUGCGGUGUAGAGAAUGGUAUGGCUGGCAUUUUCCCGAAUUAGGAAAAAUUAUUUCAGAUAACUUAACAUACUGCAAGUGUUUGCAGAAAGUUGGCGAUAGGAAGAAUUAUGCCUCGGCUCAACUUGCUGAAUUACUGCCAGAGGAAGUUGAAGCAGAAGUGAAAGCAGCUGCAGAGAUAUCUAUGGGAACAGAGGUUUCAGAAGAAGAUAUUUGCAACAUUCUGCAUCUCUGCACUCAGGUGAUUGAAAUCUCAGAAUAUAGAACCCAGCUCUAUGAAUACCUACAAAACCGAAUGAUGGCCAUUGCACCCAAUGUUACCGUCAUGGUUGGGGAAUUGGUUGGAGCACGACUUAUUGCUCAUGCAGGUUCUCUCUUGAAUUUGGCCAAACAUGCAGCUUCUACAGUUCAGAUUCUUGGAGCGGAAAAGGCCCUUUUCAGAGCUCUGAAGUCUAGACGAGAUACCCCUAAGUAUGGUCUCAUUUAUCAUGCUUCACUUGUAGGCCAGACAAGUCCCAAACACAAAGGAAAGAUUUCUCGAAUGUUGGCAGCCAAAACUGUUUUGGCUAUCCGGUAUGAUGCUUUUGGUGAAGAUUCCAGUUCUGCAAUGGGAGUUGAGAACAGAGCCAAAUUAGAGGCCAGGUUGAGGGCCUUGGAAGAUAGAGGGAUAAGGAAAAUAAGUGGAACAGGAAAAGCAUUAGCAAAAGCAGAAAAGUAUGAACAUAAAAGUGAGGUGAAGACUUAUGAUCCUUCUGGUGACUCCACACUGCCAACCUUUUCUAAAAAACGCAAGAUAGAACAGGUGGAUCAAGAGGAUGAAGUAAUUGAAAAGAAGGCCAAAAAAUCUAAGGUUAAAGUUAAAGUUGAAGAAGUAGUAGAAGAAGAAGAAGAAGAACAAGCAGAAGCAGUGCUAGUGGUGGAAGAGCAGGAGAUAUCUGUGAAGAAGAAGAAGAAAAAGGACAAGAAGAAACACAUUAAGGAAGAACCACUUUCUGAGGAAGAACCAUGCACCAGCACAGCAAUUCCUAGUCCAGAGAAAAAGAAGAAAAAGAAAAAAAAGAAAAAUAAUGAGGACUAAUGGAAAGGAAUCAUAAUUGAAUAACCUGGAUACAUCGUGCUUACGAUUCAGUCAGGAAUAUACCACAGAUGCUUUCUAAAAUAAGCAAGGAUGAACAAAGAUUGGAUGGAUGAAACAGGGAUUAUUCAUCUAUAGCUUUUCAAGCCUGUUUGUGUCCUGACAUCAGCUGUUAACUUUAUUAAUGUCAUUAUUUCUUAGUCUUUGUUAUAUAAAUAAAAAUAUUUUCUUUGUAUUUUAA